UGCAGCUCACUUUAUGCAAUGCGAAUUUAAGUUUAGUUAUUUAAAGUGAAAAAGGAAUAAAACUGUUUCGUUUUGCUUAUAAUAGUCUAAGAAAGUCUAACUUCAGUGUAUACAAUGGGACUUUAUCAUUUGUACAGCCAUAGUGUGGAGAUUAAAUACAAAAGUUAUUUUCUAUCUAAAGCAACUCUAUUCACAUUAAUAACUACGGCUUUAAAUAUAAUUUUACCGUUUAUUGUCGCAUACAGGAGCAGAGGGUUUUGGCUCAAGUCACAUAGUUUUUACGAACAGCCAGUUGUACGUCCUACAUAUGAGUACUUUUUGGUAGCUACAACCUUGGAUCCAAGUGAAUCCAUUAUUUGUGGUGAUGCCACGAACAUAAAUCUAGAAAACACUAAUGAUGAAAACUGUGCAGAAACUCAGAUCCAAGAAUACGAUUAUAAUGCUGACGGAAGAACUGAUAUGGUACAUUUUGAGUUUUCUCUUAAUGUGUCACCAAAACAUGGAAUCACUUCAAUUGUUUUAAUUUUGGGUUUAGAUUUCCAGCUACAGACUACCUGUGAACUGCAUAUGCAAGCACUAGCAAUAAUAAAUAGACAAUUUACAAUAACGCCAUUUAGAUAUAACUAUUAUGGGGACCUAGAAUUAUAUCAAAAAUCUCAUCUACCAUGUUUAAAAAAUGUUAUAGAUUCUAGGUAUAAUAUAUCACUAUUUGAUAUUACUUAUAAUGAACAAGGAGAUUUUACAGAGCACAUAGUGCAAGAAUACUUAAAAAGAUCAGCAACAACACAGAUUAAAACACUAUUUUCCAAUAGUCAUACUGGUAACACUGAUGUUUUAAAUUUGGAUAUCCGCUUAGGUGUGCCAGAAAUGCACAUUAGAUACCAACCAAGUAUAUUACAAGAAUUAAAAUGGGCAUGGCCACAAUAUCUGUCACUUGUAGCAAUAUUUUAUUGGAUAUUCAAUCAAAUGAAGAAAUUUGUAUUCAACAAGCGUCUGUUAAUGGCAUGGGAAGUCGUUCCAUGGAAGGAAAGAUAAGAAGAUUGAUUAGUAUAACCUAGCUAUGUCUAUAAUACAUAAGUGUACAUAAUGAUUACAUACAUAUGUAAACAAAUGUUCAUUAUUCUGCUAUGUGAUAAAAUAAUGAAUGCUUUAACUUACAAGCUAUUACAUAGUU